UAUCUUUUCCCUCCCAUUUCACAACUACUACUUCAUUGCAUUGCAUGCUGCUUCGCUUCUACGCUUCUCUUUUGUUUUUCCCAUGUUGUUUUUGAUCACCUACAACACAAAUCAUAAUCAUUUGACGCUCUAUCCAAAUCAGUGAUGAUUUCUGGCUGAUUGCCUGUAAAGUUGGAAAUGGAGAGGAGAUCGGUAGAUGUGUUUCAGCCUUCUGCGCGCCGUAGUGACGUUACUAGGAGCCAGGGAAGUGAUAUUCAGGUGAUUCCAAUGCGGGGGGAACCCCCUGUGCGAGAUAAAUGGAUGGCAUUUCAGUCCCAGCCUACGAAUUCUGGUCAUGGGGAUUCCGUGAGAGAAGGGGAGAAUGACAAGGAAGCAAAAAGGAUAGCUAAAAGAACUGCCGAGUGGGGACUCAUGGUUAAGACAGGUGUGGGUGAAGGUAGCUUUCAUGCCAUCCCUAUUGGCUCCGGAGAAGGAGACAGGGCUAGGAACUCAUCCGAGAGACCUACUGGAUCAGCACGGUCAUCCGGGGACUCUGUGCUUGGGUCUGAGCAUCCGAGGGUGUCUCAGGAUCUCAAGGAUGCUUUGGCCACUCUGCAGCAGACAUUUGUUGUCUCUGAUGCAACAAAGCCGGAUUGCCCCAUUGUGUAUGCUAGCAGUGGAUUCUUAACAAUGACUGGCUACUCUUCAAAGGAGGUUAUUGGAAAGAAUUGCCGCUUCCUGCAGGGCCCGGAUACGGACCAGGAUGAGGUGUCCAAGAUAACAGAUGCAACUAGAAAUGGAUCAAGCUAUUGUGGGAGGCUUUUGAACUACAAAAAGGAUGGCACUCCCUUCUGGAAUCUGUUGACAGUCACUCCAAUCAAAGAUGAUAAAGGAAAAACUAUCAAGUUCAUUGGAAUGCAGGUCGAGGUCAGCAAGUACACGGAAGGAGUGAAUGAUAAAUCACUACGUCCAAAUGGAUUACCAAAGUCAUUAAUUCGUUAUGAUGUUCGUCAAAAGGAAGAGGCUUUAGGUUCCAUCACAGAAGUUGUACAAACCGUGAAGGAUCCAAAGUUGCAAAUAGCGUCAAAUCUGGAUUACAUGCUUCCUGUAAUAGCUGAAAGUGACACCAAAAGCACCCCAGGAAGACGUACCCCUGAACUGGGUGGAAAGAGCAGCUUGACUCGUUCUGGUUCUCAUCAGGAGACAAACAAGUCCAGAAAGUCCACACGCGUUUCCUUGCUGGGUAACAAAGGGAGGACUUCAAGUAAUGCAGGAAUGAUUGAAAAUCAGCCAGAUAUUGAGCCAGAGAUCCUAAUGGUUAAUGAUCUUGAACGUACACCGAGUUGGGGACGAACUGAAAGAGAGAGAGAUAUACGUCAGGGCAUUGACUUGGCAACAACUUUAGAACGCAUAGAGAAGAAUUUUGUGAUAACUGAUCCUAGACUUCCUGACAAUCCUAUCAUAUUUGCAUCAGACAGCUUUCUUGAACUAACAGAGUUCACCCGUGAAGAAAUUUUGGGGAGGAAUUGCAGGUUUGUUCAGGGACCAGAAACCGACCAAGCUACUGUGCAAAAGAUAAGGGAUGCCAUCAAGGAACAAAGAGAAAUUACUGUCCAGUUGAUUAAUUACACAAAGAGUGGUAACUUAUGGCUUUCGAUAUCCUUUACGUACAAAUAUAAAGAGGAACUAAUGUUUGUUCUCGAAACUGAAUGCCUCUCUUAUAAAAAACAAAUUUCAGGGAAGAAAUUCUGGAACUUAUUUCACUUGCAGCCUAUGAAAGAUCAGAAGGGUGAACUACAAUACUUUAUUGGUGUGCAACUAGAUGGCAGCGAUCAUAUGGAACCUCUGAGGAACCGCCUCUCUGAGAGAACAGAACAACAGAGUGCUAAAUUGGUUAAAGCUACAGCAGAAAAUGUCGAUGAAGCUGUUCGGGAACUUCCUGAUGCCAACUCGACACCAGAGGACCUGUGGGCUUUACAUUCUCAACCGGUGCGGGCCAAACCCCACAGAAGGGAUAGUGUUGCGUGGACGGCAAUAAAAAAGGUUACUGAAAAUGGUGAAAAUAUUGGAUUAAAUCAUUUCAAGCCAAUACGUCCGCUGGGAUGUGGAGAUACUGGCAGUGUUCAUUUGGUGGAACUGAUUGGCACUGGUCAACUGUUUGCCAUGAAAGCUAUGGAUAAAUCCAUGAUGCUAAAUCGUAACAAGGUUCACCGUGCAUGCAUUGAAAGAGAAAUUAUCUCACUCCUGGAUCAUCCAUUUCUUCCCGCGCUGUACUGCUCUUUUCAGACCCCUACGCAUGUUUGCUUGAUAACAGAUUUUUGUCCUGGGGGAGAGUUAUUUGUAUUGCUUGACAAACAGCCAUUGAAAAUGUUUAGAGAGGACUCAGCCAGGUUUUAUGCAGCUGAAGUCUUCAUUGGUUUGGAAUAUCUUCAUUGUCUAGGAAUUAUCUACCGGGACUUGAAACCAGAAAAUAUUCUUCUUCAAAAGGAUGGGCAUAUUGUGUUAGCUGACUUUGAUCUGUCACUAAAAACACCUUGUAGACCUCAAGUUAUUAAGCCUCCUCUACUAAAGAAAAGAAGAAAGAGGAGUCAGCCACCUCCUAUUUUUUUCGCAGAACCAAACGCACAGUCAAAUUCUUUUGUCGGAACUGAAGAAUACAUUGCACCAGAAAUCAUUACUGGUGAAGGCCAUAGUAGUGCCAUCGAUUGGUGGGCUCUUGGUAUAUUGUUGUAUGAAAUGCUUUAUGGGCGUACACCGUUUAGGGGGAAGAACAGGCAGAAAACCUUUGCCAAUGUCCUGCACAAGGAUCUCACCUUCCCAAGUAGCAUUCAGGUUACUCUUCCAGCAAGGCAAUUGAUUCAUGCACUAUUGAAUCGAGAUCCAUCAAGUCGUCUAGGAUCAAAUGGCGGUGCAAAUGAGAUCAAGGAACACCCUUUCUUCAAAGGAAUAAAUUGGCCUCUCAUCCGUUGCACGAUCCCCCCACCGCUCGAUGCACCUCUUGAGGUAAUUGUGAAAGAAGAUGCCAAAGAUGUAAACUGGACAGACGAGGGAGUUCUCGUACAUCCUAUGGAAAUGUUCUAGAGUAUAGUAUCACGACGAGAUCUAUUUCGUCUGGAGCGGGAGACAGAGGACAGAGGAAGCAUGUUGUACAGGAAAACACAUAAGAGAAUCAGACUACAGUGGAUUCAAGCUUAACCACUUUUAAAUCAAGCAAUUUGAUGGUUUCAGUUAAUAUAGUCAUUUCCAUCAGUUGUCACUGUGUUUUGAUUGUUUGUAUCUAGUGAGUUUUUACCAUGCACUCUUUCCAUCCACUUCUACCUCUGAAUAAAGGUAUGUUUUGUAUAAUGAUUAUGCAACUCUUGUAGCUAUCUGUAUAUAUUUUACAGUACCUCAAGAAUAACUCUGUUUUGUGUGA